AGAGCAAUGCAUAAUUGUGCAAUGAAGCGUUUUCAUUGGCUGGCGAUGUGCUCCUGGAGCGACUGGUCUGAGCAGUGAGGUGCGUUUCAAUAACCUGAAUGAUAUCAUUAUCAGAGCACUAGCGGCUGCACGACUGAGAUUUUUUUGUUUCUUUUUUGACCCCCUACAAACUGGAUACCCAAGGACCAGGACAGUAUCAACCCACCGCAGGUCGCACUUCACGCCGUGAACGCAUGAAAUAUUAACAUUUGAAGUCUGCCAGCUCCGCGACGCUGAUAUGCAUUGCUAGAGUGCGAGUUUCUCUUGCCCAUUAGGCUAUAUUAGGCGAUCAGACAUUGUUCGGCGUUACUUGCACACCCCCGUAGUGCAGAGCGGGCAGUGGAGACAACGCUCUGCAGUAGCCGCACAACACAAGGCGAUAUUAUCGACCUGUGUCUUACCAGAGAGCCUACUGUGACUAGAACCUGGACAAGCCAAGCAGUCAUCCCACAGGAGAAUCACAUCGGCAAUGAUCCUGUGAGUUGGAGGGGAUCAGGUGAUCCACUGAAGCAGAGGAUCCACUGAAGCUGAGGAUCCACUGAAGCUGAGGAUCUGCUGAAGCUGAGAAUCCACUGAAGCAAAGGAUCCAGUGCUGAGCUGUGUGGUGGCAUCUCCUGCCAGGACGUGAGUCAGUCUGUGUGGGAUCGCUGAAGCUGAGCGGAGAAGAUGAGCAGACACCUCCUGGUGGCAGUCCUCCUGUGCCUGCCGGUGCUGCCCAUGCGCUCCAGCAGCCAGGAGUUCUCCAGCUGCGUCAUCAAGAGGGAGGAAGAGAGAUGCAUGGAGAGGAUCGCAUUACACGAGGACGAGGGCUAUGAAUAUGAUAUGGGUAUGGGCUGCUCCUGGAUGUGGGACAACCUGACAUGCUGGCAGGCAGCGAAGGUGGGCGAUAUGGUGUCUGUCAAAUGCCCAGAGCUGUUUGAAUUCAUUGCCCAGGACAAUGAGUUGGGGAGGAUCACUCGUAACUGCACAGAGUAUGGCUGGUCGGAACCAUAUCCUCAUUACGUGGACGCCUGCAUUUUCGACGACAACAGCACCAAACCGGACAUGUAUUAUAGAUCUGUGAAAGCCCUCUAUACAGUGGGCUACAGCACCUCUCUGGUGUCCCUCACUACUGCCAUGGUCAUACUCUGCAGGUUCAGGAAGCUUCACUGCACCAGGAAUUUCAUCCACAUGAACCUGUUUGUGUCCUUCAUCCUGAGGGCUAUCUCUGUGUUCAUCAAAGACGGAGUGCUUUACGCAGAGGAGGACAGCGACCACUGUUUUGUGCACACCGUGGCAUGCAAAGCAGUCAUGGUGUUUUUCCACUACUGCGUGAUGUCAAACUACUUCUGGCUCUUCAUUGAGGGCCUCUACCUGUUCACUCUGCUGGUAGAAACCUUCUUCCCAGAGAGGAGAUACUUCUACUGGUACACCAUUAUAGGCUGGGGUACACCUACCAUUUGUGUGACCAUAUGGGCUGUUUUAAGGCUUCACUUUGAUGACUCGGGGUGUUGGGAUAUGAAUGACAACACUGCUCUCUGGUGGGUUAUCAAAGGACCAGUCGUGGCCUCGAUCAUGAUCAACUUUGUGCUUUUCGUCGGCAUCAUCAUCAUCCUGGUACAGAAGCUGCAAUCCCCCGACAUUGGAGGAAACGAGUCCAGCAUUUACCUGAGGCUGGCCCGCUCCACCCUCCUGCUCAUCCCGCUGUUUGGGAUCCACUACACGGUGUUUGCCUUCUCCCCAGAGGACGUAAGCCAGCGGGAGCGUCUGGUGUUCGAGCUGGGCCUUGGCUCCUUCCAGGGAUUCGUGGUGGCUGUGCUCUACUGUUUCCUGAAUGGAGAGUUUCUCCCUAAAGGUGCAAUCGGAGAUGAAGAGGAAGUGGCGAAGCUGGACGGUGAACCGGUACUUUGCUGUGGACCUGAAGCAACAGCGUCACCCGUCGCUAGCGAGCAGUGGGGUGAACGGGGGCACGCAGCUGUCAAUCCUGAGCAAGAGCAGCUCGCAGAUCCGCAUGUCCAGCCCGCAGGCGGAGAAUGCCAACCUCAAUCUGCCCACCUGAAUGUCUGAGCAGCCACCGCCUCCGCCCCGACCGUAACAAUUAGAAAUGUGCACACAAAUCAACAGUCACACAUACACAAAUAUAAACAUACACACACACACACAAACACACGCGUGCAAACACACACUCCUCCCAUCCAAGCCGAAAGGGCCUCUCCCUUGUGUCCCCGCGCUCCAAUCCAAAUAGAACAGGCACAAGAGGCUGCCAUGUUUGCUCUUUGCAGACAGAAACUAAAUAGAAAACAAACAAACAAAUAAGAAAAAAUAAACAAAUUCAUAAGAUUGAAAAGCUGACAGUGUGGCUGUCAUAAUAUAUACAUAUAGCUAUAAUUCCUCUUGAUGAGAGAGACAGGUAGAAACGGGUGCAGGUCAAAUCUGAUGAGUUUUACAUUAGUGCCAUACAAGUCUUUUGAUAAAGAGAAAAUUGUAAUAAGGGUAUGCCUUACUAUUCGGACAUAUCUGUAACAUUUAUUUCAAACCAACUGCUAAGAAAGCAAGACAUUUGCCAGUGGUUCAAAAAGUGUCAAAUUUGCGUGUCACUCCAUAUACAGACAGUAAGUAUGUAUAAAGAAGACAUUAACAACCCAUCACUUCAACUAAUAUGUUCACUGAGAGCCAACAUUGGUGUACGAAAGGAACUAACAGGACUUUAAAUGGUGGCACAUGGACAGCCAGAGUUAUAAAACGUUUACAAAUAGGCGCUGAUAUUACUGUAAAUUCACUAAUUUCAAGAAGUAACUGGGAUAGAAGGAAUAACUUCAACAGUUCCUCUCCCUCCUUCAUUCCCAUAACAUAGCAGAUUCAUGCAAACUAGACCGUAGUCUUAUUUACAACUGUAGGCUACAUGUGUACCAAAUAUUGCAACACGUAUGAAACUAAAACAUGGUGAUGAAGGGGUCAAAUAUUGUCAUCGUAAAUAGUGCAAGGUGUAUGUACUUGUCAGAAGUGCCAAAAUAUUUUAAUAAUCCUUUAUUCUGCAAAGCAUAGUAUCUAUGGCAACAUAGACGAAGAGACACUGAAGAAUCUUAGCCUUGCUUGUAUAAAUGCCUGUGUGACAGAUUAAAUGUUUCAUCUUUUUAGGGAGGUUGUAAAAUUUAUUUUUUUACAAUCAGCCAUAAGUACAGAGUAUGUCAAAAAAAUAUGAAAGCUCAAGGAUGAGCGCUUAAUCGUAUGUGUAACUCUUGUCGUUGUGCUUUGAAUUUAUAUUUUCUUUUCUAUUUUCGUAUCAUGACGUUAGUAAUUUUUUGUGAUGAAAUGGUCAAGUAAAAAAAAAGGAGGGGGGGGGGGGGGGGUUUAAGCACUACUGGAGUCCAAAUCUGUAGAGUUAAUUUGCUAUACAGAAAAAAAUAAUAUUUCUCGGAUGACAUUACGAAUAAAGUACAGUAGAAAACCUUUGACAUGAUCAGAAUAGAGUAGCCUCUUACAUUGUGAGCUAAAGUCAGUGACUUUGUAACUUGUAUGAAUAUAUUAUAGUGUUCUUUCUCAAAAGUCUUGCGUAAUAAUAACAUGUUCAGCCGAGACACAUUGGAAUCAUUCAAAUCUUUGGCAUGGUGUGUUCUGAAGAACACGCUUCUGUGACAGACUGUCUGUGGAUAUCAGUACCAUCCCCGGGAUUAUCAGGUGCAGGGCCUUAGAAACCUAAAUCAGUGUAGUUCUCUAAAGAAAACAUUAACCUCCCUGUUUUGAAUCUUCCCUCUAAAAAAUAAUAUAUAUAUGGAUGAUGGAAAAAAUUUACCCACUAUGACACUGAAAUGUCCCCAUUCCUCGGUAAGGAUGGUCUGCUCAUUUUUGUAUUCACGCUUCCAAAGUGCCUGUUGGUCAGAGUGACUCCAACAAUGAUUUGUCUAAUUUAAAAGGACCUCACGGAUUUCAUUUAUUUUCCAUGGUAAAUUGAAGAGGAUAUAUGAGUAUACAAGUUCUUUUAUAGCUAUUUAUCAAUUGUAAUAGCAUAUAUGCCUUUAUACAGUAUUUUAGAUCAUGUUGUUGUGAAUUACAUAUAAUUUAUGGAAUGCAAGACACAAUGAUACGACCACUAUAUGUAUCAGUUUUACAUACUGGUACAUCAUUCUCUAUGUGCCAGGUGACAUACAGUAUAUUAGUUAAGACUCUAAAUCAUCUUUAAAAAAUGUAUAACUUUUUUUUUUCCGCUUAUGAUUGUUUUUGCUUUGAGGAUAGGACCCAUUUUAAAAAGUGCAGGAGGUGACAAUCCACUCCUCGACCCUUUAUAACUAAGCCAGUUUGAUGUCUAGCUAACCCUCACACCAAAACAUGUUUGGUCAACAGUUCCUGACAAUCCUGACUGUCCUCUUUUUUUUUUUUUUUCUUUUACUUUUGUAGUCACCCCUAUGGGCAGAUUGGUGAGAGACUAUAAGCUAAUGGAAUGUGAUAUAAUUCAUUGCUAUUAUGUACAGAGUAAACCAUGUAUGUUAAUGUAAUGUUUUUCUUAUCUUUGAAUCCACUGAACCUCACUGUAAAUUAUAUGUUUGCAAUAUAUUUAUUUGUUAGUAAUAUUAAUUAACCUGCAUACUUUCUCAUCAUUCGGUUUGCUCAUACAAGAAGCAGCAAUGAUUUCAGAACUUAACGCGUGUGUGUAAAACUGUAGCACAGCAGCGUCAUCCAGAUGUGAAACCGAAAAACAUAUCAAUGUGCAAUAUGUAUUUGCUUUCAUUGCGGCUCUUACUCAGUAGGUGGCGACAGAGAGGCAUGUUGGUGAAUUCGGCAGUGCAUAGGUGAUUGGUUUGUGUCAACGGUGCCGGCUUAUUUCAUGCCACAGCUUGAAGGGUUUUUAGUGUUCCUCUUUAGUAUUCGUACUGUCAGUAUUUUAAGAAAGUAAUAUGUAUAUAUGUAUGAGUUUUCCUGCAUUUCAAAUGGUUUUAAUCAAUGAAACUAGUGAGUAGCCUACAUGGUUCUUUCAUUGUACUAAUGGGACAGACGAUUGAAAAGUGUAAACUGGAUGUAGUUUCUUUCAACACUUGGGUGAAAUUGAAAGCAAACGUAUAAAGUAACAGGGCGAAACAUAUACUGCAUUUAAAAGGUAUGUGUGUAUUAUGGGGGAGAAAUGUCAGAGAUGACUAUAGACGUGGUGUGCCUGCAUGACAACAAAAGAUAUUAAAAACAAGAUAAAUGUCUGCUGCUUUACAUGUUCUAUACACCAGCUGUCAGUCUGAGUCUGCGCACUCGGAUGGAAAACGACCAUGUCUCAAAGCUGUUACAAACGAGUAUCUAAACGAGAUGUUGAACUGUGCUUGUGUUCAUGUCUGCUUGCCACUAGAUUGUGUUGUGUUUUACUUUGUACUUUUACCUGUCGCUUGUAGACCUAGAAAGGAGACGGAAACGUGAAGUUGUGGUUUCUGGCUGUCGUUGCCCACGCUCAGAACUGGAAACGGGAAGAAAAUUGGACGCUAGCAGAGAGCCGUUUUUGGUUCUUGGGUAGGCUACAUGUCAGCGGCCACACUGUGUUCCGCGACUGUGCCAAAGACUCUGGCAAGCAGCCUGUGGAUGACGGUGGGCAGCCUGUGCCAUACCGUGGUUAAUUAUCAUUUGAAAACUGAAUGUAAGAACUUGAACAGGAGAUAUACUGUAACUAUAGCUACGCUGCUCUCUAUCUUCGCCUGCCAUCAUUUUGCUUUAUUGUACCAGCGAUGUCCUUGUUUGGUGUAUAAAUAUUCUCUUUUG